CUUCAUUGCAUUGUUCAUUCUGUCAAGAAAACUCAUUCUGCAUCCAAUUUUUUGAAGCAGCUGUUUGCACAGUCCUCCGUCUAGUCGUCGACAUAAUUUUAUUUUUUAACAGUCGUCCAUGCACACUUACCCCACAGCCACAACAUAACCAUUUACAGUUCACGUCCAUUCACACUUUUCCAGCCUAAACUUUUUCACACACCUCCACUAAUCGUGAAUGAAUCUACUUCGCCAUGCAGUUUCAAAACAAAAGCGACGGUUCAUCGACAAAGAGGCUGGUCUGGAUCUGGACCUAGCCUACAUCACGCCUUCGCUCAUUGCCAUGGGAUAUCCUUCAAAAUCUCUUGAGGCAUUUUAUCGUAAUCCCAUGAGUGAUGUCGAAAAGUUCCUUGAUUCUCGUCAUCCAGGCGAAUAUAAAGUCUACAACUUAUGCUCCGAGAAAUCUUACUCUGAUCAACGGUUCCAUGGUCGAGUCGCACAGUUCCCAUUUCCAGAUCAUUCACCACCGCCCUUUCAACUGAUUCACCCUUUUUGUGAAGAUGUCUCCGAUUGGCUACACACAACUCCUGGGAAUGUUGUUGCCGUCCAUUGCAAAGCUGGAAAAGGAAGAACAGGUGUGAUGAUCUGUGCAUUCCUAGUCCAUUGCGGCGCAACAGCAGUUGAAGCUAUCAAGCUGUAUGGAGAAAAGAGAACGCUUGAUGGUUGCGGUGUUACUAUCCCUAGUCAAAUACGCUACAUUCACUAUUAUGAACAAUUUCUGGAGAGCAGGACUCUUAAUUACGAUCCACGUCUGCUAACUCUACAUGAAAUAACUAUCGACACUAUACCUAAACCAUUAUUGAGCCAGGAGAAUGGAGCAAACUAUUUAGUUUUAACUAUAUUGACCGGAGAGGUUAAGAUCUACGAAUCUUUACCAGAUCAUUGCACUAUCGAUCACACAAAUCAGCGGAUCAGAAUAAGCAUCACUGAUAAAAUCGUCCUUGCGGGUGAUGUCAAAAUGAUGCUCUGGUAUGACAGCCUGUACAAAAGAUCCCAUCUCUGCCAUUUUCAUUUCAACACCACGUUCAUUGACGAUACAGAGAAUAUCCUGGACCUAAAAAAGCAUGAAGUGGAUAAAGCCUGCAAAGAUAAGCUACAUUCAAUCUUUGAUAAGGACUUCAAGGUCAACGUCCGAUUCUCCCCAGCACUGGCUCAACAGUCGCCGCUACCAACUCUAGACAGUCUUCCCAACCGCGCGAUCCUACUCAAAUAUAGGAACCAUAACGGACCUAACAGCAUCGAGGUUUUACCUCCAUUCUUCUCAACCGUAAGAUCUUCAACAGCACAAAAGAACUCUGCACUUGCGCUAUUUGGAUUUGGGAGAGGGAGUGGAAGGGAGGGGACAAAGGAAGGGAAACCAGAAUGUGGUGGCAGUCAAGAGAGAACAAGUUUAGAAAAUACCCCUCCUUCACCUCAAAACCUGGAUGAACCUAACAGCAACCUUCCGCCUAUAUCACCUUCGUCCCCUCCGUCUCAGCCGGUAUCCUCAAAUAUUAAGGCUAUUCGCAAUGGAGCCCCUAUUCUUGUACAUAGUAGUAGCAAAACUGCUUUUAAGCCCAUGUGGAGCAAUGAUAAGGAUCGAGACCGUGAUGAUAACUGGGACGCAUCCUCGGUUAGCAGUGAUUGUUCAGAAUUCGAUUCUGAAUGGUGGUACACGAAGCCGCCUCGUCCAACGGUGCAUUCUAGUGUGGAUGCUGCUGCAGGAACGGCUUCCGCAAGUAUAGUACAACCAGAAAGUAUACGAACAGACCUAGAAGCACAUGGAUCACUCUCCACUGGCAUCCAAAAUGACCAACCUAUCAAUCAUCAGGAUUCCUUGUCAUUAUCCUCACCACUAUUACCACUAUCGAAUCAUUUACGUUUAACAUUGAUGACAUCCAAUAUUCAAAGUAAUGCUCCUGGCACAAUGGCCUCAGGAGGGAUAAUGAUUCCUUCAUCGCCUUCAAGUGCUUAUAGGAGUCCUCCACAUUCUGCGUCAUCGCCGUUAGCGCGUGAGAUUAAAUUUGACGCAGAAUCUUCGUCGUUGUCGGGCGCCAAGUCCAUGAUGUCAUGUCCUUCCUCUGAUGAUGAGAGCGCGGGUACAGGCAAAAUGAGGGAUGAGACUCAUGUUAAUUGGAAGAAACCACCAUUACAUAGGGACUAUCUCGAUGAAAAUGGUCUUCCUCCUUUUAAUACUGAAAAUGGUUACCGCCCAGAGAGCUUGGAUUCAAAAUCACUACGCGAUCAAGAGCGAGGAUGGUGGGCCGAGUCGAUGACUCGCUGGUUUUGGUCCGCAGAAGAUCAAAAGGAGCAAGAAACAAAUAACAGGGAGCACCCCUAGCUUCGGAAACAAACACGCCAUUUUAAUAUAUAUUGACAAAUAGAGGCUAUAUACCAGAUACUGUUUAAAGACUCUGGGGCCAAUCGUAUAGUAUUUUUAUUUUUUAUUCUUAUUUUUAUUUUUAUUGAGAUUUUUACGUCGCACUACGCAUUUGACAUAGCGUGUGUCAUUUUUGCAUGAAAUCGCGGAAUCUCAUCCCACAGUUGCUCCCUAGAAACGUCAAAUUAAUUACAGAUAGUUAAUGUUUAUACUUGAGACUUUUUGAGCUUGGGAUACAAACAAACUACGCUAGCAAUAAAUAUAGUGAUAGUAGUGAUAGU